AUGGCGUCCUUCAAAGUGCUUUGGCAGGCGAUCCUGCUCUGCAUGCUCAAUUUAAAUUUAACUCUGGCCUUCGAUCACAUGCCGGGCGCCAAUCAAAGUACAAACGAACUUUUUCAAGACAUUGUCACCUGGGAUGAGUUUUCUGUCAUGGUGCGCGGCGAACGCGUGUUAUUUUUGUCCGGAGAAUUCCACCCGUUUCGGUUGCCGUCUCCCGGCCUCUGGCUCGACGUGUUCCAGAAGAUCAAAGCUGUCGGCUUCUCUGGCGUUUCUUUCUAUACUAAUUGGGCCCUCCUUGAAGGCACACCUGGGGUAUUUCGAGCAGAUGGAGUAUUUGCACUCGAACAGUUUUUCGAUGCCGCAACUGAGGCUGGCAUUUACCUCCUUGCCCGGCCUGGGCCAUACAUCAAUUCAGAGGUUUCUGGUGGAGGAUAUCCGGGUUGGACUUCUCGCAUCAAGGGACCGGUCAGGACGAACGCUACUGACUGGCUCGAUGCGACAAGAAACUACAUCAACAACAUCGGUGCCAUAAUUAGCAAGGCGCAGAUCACCAACGGCGGCCCAAUCAUCCUGUUCCAACCCGAGAAUGAAUACACCAUCUGCGCUGCAGCACUGGCUGGCGCGGGACUCGAUUCGAUCGGAGACUUGAGUACCUGCCUCAACCACUACUACAUGGCUGAUGUGGAGGCUAUGUGGCGCGAAGCCGGCAUAGUCCUUCCUUACUUGAUCAACGACGCUGUGCCGGUUGGCAACUUCGUGCCUGGUUCAGGCGUUGGCGCUGGAGACAUUUAUGGCUUUGAUGGAUAUCCCUUGGGCUGGGGAGAACCUUGUUUGAAUCCUUCGAAUUGGGGCAGGGAAAACGCGAUUUUCCCAGCGCAACUUACCAACUUCACGAUCCAUAUGCAGAUGAGCCCCAGCUCACCGUUUUCCAUUGUUGAAUUUCAGGGAGGAACAGCAGAGCCAUGGGGGGGAGCUGGCGUGGACGCAUGUGCAUCCUUGCUUAAUAACGAGUUCGAGAGAGUCAUUUAUAAAGUUGUGUACGGCUUUCGCACUACUGUGCUUAACUUGUACAUGAUGUUUGGAGGCACAAACUGGGGAAACCUCGGCCAUCCCAUGGGGUACACUUCGUACGAUGUUGGCGCCGCCAUUGCAGAGGACCGCCAAGUGAAUAGAGAGAAGUACAGCGAGUUGAAAUUGCAAGCAAACUUCCUCCGAGUUUCUCCUGCCUAUCAAACAUCCAUGCCAUCAGAAGGCACAUUUGGCAUAUUCACCGACACGAGUGAGCUCGUGACGACUGAGCUCGCUCCAACAGGAACUGGCGGAACCUUCUACAUCGUCAGGCAUAGCGAUUGGACAUCUCAAGCCACUGCCAAUUAUUCCCUGCGCAUUAAUUCCAGCGGUCGGAACUUGACGAUCCCCCAGCUGGGUGGCUGGCUUUCUCUUCCAGGCCGCGAUUCCAAGAUCCACGUGGUCGACUACGACCUCGGCGGCGUGAUACUGCACUAUUCUUCGGCAGAAUUGUUUACUUGGAAGAAGUCACUCUCAAAGACAGUGCUGGUCAUGUACGGCGGUAUGGAUGAAACCCACGAGUUCGCUGUUCCUUCGGAAUUAGGCUUGCCUACCAGGGUUGAAGGCGAUGGCGUUCGAUCAGAGCAGCAAUCUGAGUCUACUGUCAUCCAAUGGGACGUCCAACCAUCGCGCCGUGUCGUCCAUUUUGGUAAGGCCCUGGAAGUCCAUUUACUCUGGAGGAAUGAAGCCUAUCAGUAUUGGGUCCUUGAUCUGCCCAGGCCUAACCCAGUCGGCAACUUCGUCUCUGCAGCUCGGAUCAAUGAUACAGACGCGUCAGUUAUUGUCAAGGCCGGUUACCUCUUACGCAAUGCGACGGUCGCUGCAAAUUCUUUACAGCUCUGGGGAGACGUUAACCAGACUACCGUUAUAGAAGUCAUCGCAGCACCCUUGACCACUGGGGCAACGUUGUUCUUGAACGGCGAGCAAGUGCAAGAUGCGCAUUUCGUGGAAGGCCGCCUAACUGGAACUGUUACAUACUCGGAGCCAGAAAUCAUCCUACCCGACUUCACCAUAGCCGAGUGGAAAUAUGUCGACUCUCUGCCUGAGAUUGGGCAUGAUUUCGAUGAUCAAUCCUGGACACUUCUCGACAUAACCGAGACCAACAACACGCGCGCCCUCACUACUCCGACUUCCCUCUACGCAAGUGACUACGGGUUCCACAGUGGAUCCCUCAUCUACCGUGGUCAUUUCAAAGCUACAGGCAAUGAGACCAGCCUGUUCCUUUCCGUUUCGGGUGGCAAUGCGUUUAGUCAUUCCGUGUGGUUGAACUCUACGUAUCUGGGCUCCUGGGUCGGCAAUCCUGCCGAGUCAAUCCACAACCAGACUUUUCCUUUCGCGUCUGCUCUCAGGCCAAAUAGCAACUAUGUGGUGACUAUCUUGAUCGACCAUAUGGGCCUGACUCAAAAUACCUAUAUUGGGGUAGAAGGUGUCAAGGAACCACGUGGCAUUCUUGACUACUCACUCUCGGGCCAUGCACAAUCUGACAUUACCUGGAGGUUGACCGGAAACGUCGGCGGAGAAGAUUAUUUCGACCUCAGCCGCGGCCCUCGGAACGAGGGAGCCAUGUUUGCAGAGCGUCAGGGCUACCAUCUCCCAGGUGCGCCUCUGCAGGGUAUGGAAACAAAAUCCCCCAUCACCAAAGGUGUUGAGGGCGUUGGUAUUGAGUUCUAUGCUACCACAUUCGAGUUGAAUAUGCCCAAAGGCUACGAUGUUCCGUUGUCUUUCGUUUUCAAAAACGCAUCCCAAGCACUGAAUGGCACUCAGGCAGCGGCAUACCGCGUCCAGCUCUUUGUCAAUGGUUGGCAAUACGGUGAAUAUGUGAACAAUAUUGGCCCUCAGGUAUCGUAUCCAGUACCGGAAGGCAUUCUCAAUUAUGAUGGAAAGAACUACUUUGCAUUGACUUUGUGGUCAUUGGAGCCCAGUGGUGCGAAGCUUGCUGGGCUUUCUUUGGAAAUGGGCACGCCAAUACAAAGUGGUUACACGAAGCCGCUAUUGGUCAACGGAGAAUCCUACAGUGAACGAUCAGUGUAUUGA